CUUAAAAUUUUAUGCAUUUUGAACCUUUUUGUUUCUUCCCUAUGAAUCUUAGGAAGCAUUGAUAUUAAUCCAACUAGUAUAGUCCUUCCAAAACCAUCUCCUCUUCCUAACUUUGAUUCACAAAUUAAAAGCCAUGCAAAUACAACUACCCCUGCUGUUAAUCAUUGCAUUAACAGGGUUACUAGAAGUUGCUGCUGCUGCAGCUAAUAUAUCCCUACCCGGUUGCACAGACACAUGUGGAAACGUUUCAGUUCCAUACCCAUUUGGCAUAGGCAAAUCCACUUUAUCAGGCAAGAACUGUUUCUUGGAGGAAAGACUGAGCCUCACAUGCGAAAACAACACUUUAUACAAUGGCAACAUCCAACUCCUCAACAUAACCCUCCAAGGCCAAUUGGACAUGUUGUUCUUCGUCUCGCGCCUAUGCAACGACACCGUAGACGGGGUAGCUAACCAGCCCUUUCUCACCACCCCUUCUUUCACCAUUUCAAGCAAAGAAAACAAGUUUGUAAGCGUUGGAUGCAACACCUACGGCUACCUAAACAGUUAUUACAACGGGGAUGAGUAUUCAACCGGGUGCUUAACCAGGUGUAGCAGGUUACCCGAUGACAUGGUAACCGAUGGAGAGUGUUCGGGGAUCGGGUGUUGCCAAGUGGAUGUUCCUUCCGAAAUGAAGAACAUCACUAUACAAGCGUACAGGUUCGGAUCUAGUUCGAGGUUUAGUGAUUGUGGGUUUUCCUUUGUUUCCAAAAAAGGAUCGUACAAGUUUUCUGUUAGUCAUUUGAAGAACCUGCCUUUCACCAUGCUCCCUAUGGUUGUUGAUUGGAGUGUUGGAAAUGAGUCAUGUGGGGUUUUCGAGAGAGGAGGCAAGAGUGCCUGCAUGAAGAAUAGCUACUGUGAUGAUAGUGAGACUAGUUAUGGAUACAGGUGUAGGUGUGAAACUGGUUAUGAUGGAAACCCGUAUCUUCCGAAUGGUUGCCAAGACAUCGACGAAUGUCAGACAAAAAAUCAUACAUGCCUGAGUGAUCUUCAUUGUCGCAACAAUAAUGGGUCCUAUGAAUGCUUUUGUCCUCGUGGGCAGCUUGGAAAUGGAACUAACAUUGGAGGAUGCCAACCAAUCCAGCAUCAAAGUACUAUAACCAAGUUUGCCAUUAGUGGAUGUGCAGGGUUUUUAACUUUGCUGGGAGCUUCCUGGUUAUACUUAAUAUAUCAAAAAAGGAAACUAGUUAAAGAAAGAGAGAACUUCUUCCGGCAGAAUGGCGGUUUUAUUUUACAACACAGACUCUCAACAAGAAAAGGCUCCCCUCAAACUGCACAUAUUUUCACUGCAGAAGAGCUAAAGGAAGCCACCAACAGCUAUAGUGAGAGCUUAAUCAUUGGCAAGGGAGGCUAUGGUACAGUUUUCAAAGGAUUCCUUCCAAAUAACAGGGUUGUGGCAAUCAAGAAGUCUAAAGUGGUGGGUCAGAGCCAAUCUGAGCAGUUCAUAAACGAGGUGAUUAUUCUGUCCCAAAUCAAUCACAGGAAUGUGGUGAAGCUCUUGGGUUGUUGUUUGGAUACUGAAGUCCCGUUAUUGGUGUAUGAGUUUGUUAACAAUGGUACACUUUUCGAUCAUAUACACAAUGAGAGCAAGGCAUGUAAUUUAUCAUGGGAGAAUCGUGUUAGAAUUGCGGUAGAGGCUGCAGGAGCUCUAUCAUACUUGCACUCAGAUGCCUCCAUAAGCAUUGUCCAUAGAGAUGUCAAGAGUGCUAACAUUCUCUUGGAUGACACUUUCACGGCCAAGGUGUCUGAUUUUGGAGCUUCAAGAUUGGUUUUUCCAGUUGAUCAAGCUGGACUAGCUACAAUGGUGCAAGGGACUUUUGGUUACUUGGACCCGGAGUACAUGCAAACAAGCAGGCUAACUGAGAAGAGUGAUGUCUACAGCUUCGGGGUAGUACUCUUAGAGCUGCUAACAGGGCGGCAAGCGCUUUCGUUUCAGGGGCUGGAAGAAGAAAGAAGUCUUGCCUUGUACUUUCUCUCUUGCUUGGAAGAUGAUCGCUUGUUUGAAAUUCUCGAUUUUGGUCUGCUGAGUGAUGAAAAUAGAGAGGAAAUCAUGGAAGUUGCUAUUCUUGCAAGCAAGUGUUUGAGACUUAAAGGGGAGGAGAGGCCUUGCAUGAAGGAAGUUGAAACGGAGCUGAAGGGGAUAAGGAAAACAGGGAAGCACCCUUGGCCUAAUACAGACCUGAAUUUAGACGAGUCCCAAUACUUGCUUCAUGAGCUAUCUGACAUCUAUAAGGAGAGUAAUAGUAACAGCAGCCAUGGAAAUACUGAGUACGACAGCUUGAGGGGCCAUGUUAUGAUACCCCUUGAUAUUGCACGUUGAUUAUAGCAACACAUGAUAGAAAAUUAACAAACAUAAUGCACAAUAUAGUGUUUUGGUUUAUAAUUUUUAUCUUUGCAUGUUCUUUGCUAAUAGGU